UGACGUAGCUUAGUUAGGAAGUUCUCUUCCUCAGGCUUGUAAGUGGACAGUGCUCUGACAGACAGACAGAGGACACAAGGAUAUAGCACCACAGAAGAAGAAGAAAACAGAAAAGGAUUUUGUUAAGAAUGGUAAAAAGAGAGAGCAAAGAAAGAGAACAGAGUGAUAAAGAGAGCUGGAAAAGUAAGGUCUUGCUUGGGGAGCGAGAGAAAAAUGACUUGUUCCGGUAGAAUUGUACAUUUGAAAAAGUUUUGUGUGCUGUGUGAAAACCCUCCACCCACCUCACCAAUUUUCAGUCGGUUGUUAAUCAGUCAAAAAUCAUUAAAACCUUAACAAAACACCUAAAAAUACUCUAAAAUUAUUACCAUAUUUUUGACAGAAUAUCACUACUGUGAAUUCGAAAUCACUGCCAUCAGUAUCUAACAUAGAUAACCAAAAAAACUAGCCCAUCUGUCAUCAUGGCCCCCAAGAAGAAGGUGCCCCAUCCCAAAAAGACAACUACAGAGCCAGCACAGUUGGAGACUGAGGUAGUGGUCCCUGAGACAGGGGUAAAAAAACUAGAAAUGCCCCUCAGCAUUGAGCAGUUGAAUCGUCUCAAUGAAAUGACCCUGCCACCAGUGAUUCGGCCUGGAGAGAGGGGUUUUGGCCUGGGCGGGGAAAUGACUCGUCCCCUACAUGGAUCCGCUCUUCUGGAGGAGCUGAGCCGUAUGAGACAGGAGCGCUUCCUCACUGACCUGGAGCUGGCUUGCAAGACUAAGGCCUUCGAUGUCCACAAGCUGGUCAUAUCCUCUGUCAGCCAGUACUUGCGGGAAGUUCUAGCCAAGGACCCCAGCCUCAAGCGCUUGGAGUUGCCUACCCUAUCACCUUUAGGUCUAGCCAAUGUGAUCACCUUUGCUUAUCUUGGCCGUGUGCACAUGUCUCUCUACACUAUUGGCUGUACUGUAUCUGCGGCCUGCACCCUGCAAAUCCCCCACCUCCUCCAGAUGUGCAUGGACUUCCUGAUGUCAGAGUUAAAUGUGCACACCUGUGUGUAUGUGUGGAACAUUGGAGCCGCUUACAGCCUGGGCCCUGUGCGGGACUCUGCACGUCGCUUUGUGAUGGAAAACUUUGCCCAGUUUGCAGAGACACCCCAGUUUACUCAGCUCACCCUAGAACAGAUCACAGCUUUUCUGCAGGAUGACAAUCUUAUCUUGCCUUCAGAGGUCACCACCUUCCAGGUGGCCAUGAAGUGGCUGGACUUUGAUCCAAAGAGGCAGGCUCAUGCUUAUGACGUACUGUCUCAUGUACGGUUCGAGACUAUCGCUGCCAGUGAGCUGGUCAGGGAGAUUCAGCCUGUUGCUCGCAUGAUGCAGGAUCCUCAGUGCCACCGUCUACUGGUGGAUGCCAUGAACUACCAUUUGCUACCAUACCAGCAGAACACACUACAAUCCCGCCGCACGAAGGUCCGAGGUAGCCAGACUGUUCUGCUAACCAUUGGUGGACGCCCCUCCCUUACUGAGCGUGCCCUGAGUCGAGAAGUACUAUGGAGAGACUCUCGUGAUAGAGUUGCCACAUGGCGCCAUCUUUCCCAGCUUCCUGCUAAAAGUUUUAACCAGUGUGUAGCUGUGAUUGAUGGUUUCCUGUAUGUGGCAGGAGGAGAGGACCAGAACGAUGCUCGAAACCAGGCCAAACACGCUGUCAGCACUCUGUGCAGAUAUGACCCUCGCUUUAACACGUGGCUGCACCUGAGUAGCAUGCGUCAGCGUCGCACUCACUUUAGCCUUGUGGCCACAAAUGGGCGCCUUUAUGCAAUUGGUGGCCGUAAUACUGAUGGCUUGCUGGCCACCACAGAGAGCUACUUGCCCUCCACCAACAGCUGGCAGCUCCGCACUCCCAUGGACUUGCCACGCUGCUGCCAUGCCAGUGCUGUCCUACCCUCUGGAGACAUCCUAGUGACCGGUGGCUAUGUCAACUGUGCCUACUCUCGCUCUGUGGCCAGCUACAAUGUGCAGACCGACACCUGGAGUGAGCAGGCACAACUGGAGAUGCCUCGUGGCUGGCACUGCUCCACCACAUUGGGUGAUAAAGUUUAUGUGGUGGGUGGCAGCCGGCUGGGCCCAAGUGGAGAGCGUGUGGAUGUGCUGAUCACCGAGGUAUUCUCGCCUGAGAAUGGCCAGUGGAGCAGGGUUGCCUCCUUGCCCUUAGGAGUAAGCACGGCUGGUCUGGCAUCACUUGGUGACCAGCUAUAUCUUGUGGGUGGAUGGAAUGAAGCUGAGAAGCGCUAUAAGUCAGCAGUGCAGCGCUAUGACCCAGGUACCGACAGCUGGUCAGCUGGGGAAGAGCUGCCCGAGCCCACAGUGGGAGUAUCCUGCUGCGCUCUGGCACUCCCCCCACGUCACACUUCACGCAAACAUCGUAACACUCCCAACCAUGAAGAACAGGGUUCAUGCAUGACUGCAUGAGGGAUGGAGGGAGGGAGGAAAGAAUAAGGCCAAGAUUAGUAGUGAGGGGGAGAGAGAAAGAGAACAACAGAGAAGGGGUGGGCAGUUACGAGCCAGGGAGGAUUCAACAUUUAAAGGAAGGAGAUGGAAUGGUAGAACUCCAUAGGGAUGUUAGGGAGUUUAGUGUAGAAUAGGGCCCAAUUAUUAACAGUGUGACAAUGUCUAGGCAAUCAUAACUACUGAGUGCAUGGGACAAACAUUUGAGUAAGUGAAUGGGUAAGGCCGUGUGGGUAUACACGCAAGUGUUAGAAUGAGUUUUAGAAAUUCAUUGCAAAUUAUCACCUUGCAAUCACAAAUGCAAAUUGUUUUACUAAAAUAAUAUAUAUCCAUCUCAGUAUAUCUAUUACUCUAUUACAUAUUUAUUGUAGUCUAAUUAUUUAUCAAAAUUUUAUCAUACCAAGAUCACCUCAAGGACUAAAAAGAAGAAAAUAGUAAUAACUAAUUUUUCAUUAAUUCAUACUGAGUAACCACUUUAUCAGGGUCGUGGUGAAACCAGAGGCUAUCUUGGAAACACUGGGCACGAGGUGGGAAUACACCCUGGAUGGUACUGCAGUCCCUCACAGUGCCCCAUGCACACACAUACAUUUUUAAAAAUCAUAUAUAUGUAUGUAUGUAUAUAUAUAUAUAUAUAUAUAUAUAUAUAUAUAUAUAUAUAUAGAGAGAGAGAGAGAGAGAGAGAGAGAGAGAGAGAGAGAGAGAGAGAGAGAGAGUUGGUCAAUGGCUGGACACUGUUCCCUCAGACAUAUUAACAGAAAAUAUGCCCUUGAGCUUCUUGGAAAUCAAUUAUUCCCCAAACUAAAAUAAAACAAACAAACAAACAAAAACCCACAAAUAUAUAUAAUUGAGUGCAAAUGUUUGCAUCUCCUAUUUCUAUGUGGAAAAACAAAAACAUGUUACUGUGUAUCUACAAAGAUAGAAUUCCAAGAUGGUAAAAAUGAAAUGCCAGUAUGUUCUACAAAAAGAUAGUCAACAACUCAAAACUGUAGCUAAUAAUUUGCAAUGAUGACCCAUGGAUUAAUAAUACCAUUUCCUCUUCUCUGGAUCUGCAUGCAUCUGCAUUUCUAGUGAUAUCACAGACUCCAUUCAACUGUAUACAGAACCCAACUAUCUUCCUAAGAGAACCAGUGAACAUCCUAGAGAGUGAAUGCUGUUCCAGACAUAGAGAGAAUUUUGAAAAGUGAAAUUAAAGCAAGAAGAAGUGUCAUUGAUAAUGUGGAUAGUUUCAUUUAGGUACAAUGUUCCCUUUAUAAUGUGGUCACCAGCUGAUUAAGGCUUAUGCUUUGUGCUGAAUGGAGACAUAAUAAUGUAGAUGUUGCUAAUGGUGCAGAGGGCACUAAUUCUCUAGUAUAGGAUUUCACUUGAAUAAAGCCAAACUGAUCAAAGCAUAA